AUGGGUGUUUCUGUGCCUGCGGAGCAGCGGCAGGAUAAGCAGCAGCAAAAGACACAGCAAGAACAACAGCAGCAAGAGCAGCCACAGCAGCAGGCCGACCAGCCCGAAGCUGCCCCCCGAAAAUGGACUAGCCGCUGGCGCAGGCAAACCAAUGGGCCCCGCCAGCAGCAGAAGCAACAGCAGCAGCUGGAGCAACAGCAACAGCAGCAGCCGCAACAGCAGCAGCCGCAACAGCAGCAAGCACAAGACCCACAGAAAGAGCCACAGCAGCAGCAAGAGCUGCAUCAUCAAUCUUCUGUGCAUGAGAAUGAGCAACAGCAGCACCUUGAAGAGCUGCAGCAGCAACAGCAGCAGCAAGACCAACAUCAACCGCAGCAACAACGACAGCAGCAGAGAACUGCUCCUACAACACCUGAGGAAGCACUAGCAUUUAUUGCUGCCGCUGCGGCUCAGACACAGCAGCAACAACAACGGUCGCACCUGCUGCAGCAGUGUCAGCAGCAGCUGCUGCAGCAAGUGCAGCGUCACGGAGGCUGCAGCAGCAGCAACAGCGACCAAUUGCCGAAGACCCUCCCUCAUACUGUUGUGUACACUGCUUCUUGCCCCAACAGAAAACCGCAAAGGGAAACAGCAGACGAGUUGUGCCUUGGCUGCUGCAACGGCACUUGUGGCAGUAGGGAUUGCUGCAGCAGAGACUGCAGCAGCAGCAACAGGCGAAAGGGGUAUGAGGUGGGAGUGGCUCUUGGGGGCGUCUGCCGCAUUCUUUGUCUUCAGUUUGCUGCACAAGGACCCUCCAAAGUCGAAGUCCCCAUGGAGCUGAAGUGUAUCCGUCUGCCCCAACACAUGCAUUCCAAUUUCAUUAAAAUCGUCUGCGUAGCUGCACCAACAAACGAAGUUCCCCCAUAUGCUGUUGCUAAGACGCUGGUGCGGUCAUUGCGAGUCGGAGGGUCACCUGCCCCUGGAGUUGGCUGCCUGUCGUACAAGCUGCAGAUUGUUCUAGAUUGUUGGGAGUUUAUGUUGCUGAUGCAGCAGCAGCGCCACUCCCAACAUCAGCAGCAGCAGCAGCAGCAGCAGCAGGCAUCUGGUGGGGGGGCGCUCGCGCCGGGGGGCUGUCGCCGCAUCAGCGCAUUUUUGCUGCAGCAGUUACUGCUGCUCCAGCAGGCAAAACAGCAGCGGGCUCAGGCCGAAAUGUUUAACAGCGCAGCAAGAAUACACCAAGCCCUCAUAAAAGUGCUGCAGGCACUCCCGAAGGUUCAGGCCUUAGAAGCCAAGAAGGAGGCCGCAGUGUCUCGCGACGACUUUGCAGCAGCUGCUGCAGCACAGCAGCAGCUGCAAAGCAUAGCUUCUUUACUACGGCGAUCAGUUGCUGCUGCGCUUGUAGUGCAAAGCGACACUGACCCGCUGAACCCCUCAGACGAUGAGUUAUCAGAGGGGGAGCUGCUGCGCUGCCUAAACCAACGACUCCCGUCGUUUGAAACGGAAGACCGCAAGGAAGAACUCAGAGAGUAUCCAGAGGACGCCCCUGUCCCCCGUAGAGCAGCAGCAAUAGCCCGAGGUGCAGCAGCAGCAGGAGCUGCAGGCGAUUCGGGUGCUUUGGCUCCUUUGCUGGCCUUUUGGGAUCCCGAAACUGUGGAAUGCAUCUGCAGCAAAUCUCCGGACAAAAGGGCUGAGGGCUUUGCUGCGCUGCUGCAGCGGCUGCAGCACGAAGAACAACUGCGACAGCAGCAACAGCCGAACUUGCUUCCAUCUGAACAGUUUUUCGGGGCUUUGGCGCUGGGCAUGCAGAGAGCCUUCGAGGACAAAACCCUCAAAGUGCUACUCAUUGCGACAGAGAUGCUGACGUCUCUAACGGAUCAGCUGGCAGUGCCCACUGCAUAUUUUCACAGCCCUUCGUUUAUGGCGGUGCUUGACGGCGUUUGUCUUGGGGUUUCGGGGGACUUUUCCCAAAGGAUGCAACAGAUGCUGCUGCGGCUCUGUCUGAGAAGAAACUUAGGAGGGUCGGUGAGUCGCCUUAUCUGGCUGGGCCUGCUUCAGCAUAUUGUCUGCACGUACACCAACAGCAGCAGCAACAACAACAGCAACAGCAGCGUUUUCCAGCUGACAGGGGCACAGCUGCAAACCCUCAAGGCUUUAACUUCAAUGGGAACCCCGGAAAGUUUACGGCGUUACCCUGCUGACGCGAUGGCGGUGUGCAUGUUUUGCUUGCGUCGUUCCCCGUCUCUCGUGGGAAGCGGCCUGGACCGACACUUUGCUGAAUUCUGUCCCUGUCUGGCGAUCUGCAGCCAUUGCGGCACUGUCCUCGAGGUGCAGGCACAGCAAGAGCAGCAGCUACCAUAG